AUGCCUCCUCCUAGCGCUAUGUGGUCAGGCGCAGGCACCAGCACGUCCAGGCCUCGGCAGAUUGCAAGUUGGCUAGAGAUCUGCAAGGACGAAUCUGCUCCUAGUGGUCGAGUUGUGUCUUGGAAAUGUCGAAUGGAAGCAUAUGUAGCUCCAAGCUUGGGGCAAGCAAGCUGCAUCAAGAUGCAGUGCAGCUUCGGAAGAGCAAGCCUGGAUUUCACGGAAUUCGAGUAG